AUGAUGGAACGGAAGAAGAAACGUGCUGGCAAAGAUCUUCUCAAGAAGUAUCAACCAGGUCAAAUCCGUCGAUGCCAAAAAGGCAUCAAGUACACUUACGAUGUCGGCAACGAAGUCUGGUCACAAGAACCAUGCUCAGUGUUGCUGGAUGACAAGCCCUUGGCGGAGGGUGGAAUGCGAUGGUGCGUGAAAAUGACGCUAAUCGAUUCCAUCGGGAUACAAAAACAACAUGUCGCCAAGAUAUUCAAGCCCGAGAUCGUGCCCCCCAAGAUUGAAGACAAGAUCUACUUCGAUGAGGCGAUGACGCAGACGGUGGCAGAGAGUUUUGCUCGCUUGUUCAACAGCAAGAAAGUAUCAGAGCAUGGACAGCAAGUCUCCAUCAAGUUUCUCCCUGUCAGUGUUGUGCAGCUUAUUGAAUGCGAGGGGAGGCUAAUCAACGUGGAGCCUCUCCUAGAGGGCAAGUACGUGAAGCACAACGACAACGACGGCAACGUGGAGUCGAAAGAAAAAGUUCCGCAGGCUUUCAGUCACUUCACGCACCACAUCUCGAACAGAAGGUUGCUGGUGUGCGACAUACAGGGGGUUGGGACCUUCUACACAGACCCUCAGAUUCACAGCAUCGAUGGGAAGAGUUUUGGCAUCGGAAACAUCGGCAGGGAAGGCAUUCUCAGCUUCUUCAACAGCCACCAAUGCAACGACAUCUGCAAACAGCUGGGGCUUCUCACCAUCGCCAGAAAUCUCGACGACCUUCCAGACUCUCCUUGCCGCUCUCCUCUCCCCGCAGCCUCGCGCAACGACAAGUGGACGGCUUUCAGGUACGACAAUGCCCUCAACGACGGCAUCGCGCGGGCCACCAAGCUCAAGACCCAACCCGCGUCUCCUCCACAGCCCGAGGGGAUCCUCGAGGCGCAGACCAUGCUGCUGGGGUUGAAACGCCGGCUGCUGCAAUCUCAGCUGGCGCAUAAGCAGGAGCUGCUGCAGUCUCAGGUGCUUAUGGGCUCCGAAGUCUCCCAAGCAACUUCUACCGCAAGCUCACGAAAUCUGAGCUCCCACCAUAAGGCGAAUCAGCAACUGCAGGAGCUGAUCUUAAAGUUGGAGCUGCUCUUGAAGAAGAAGCAGCUCGAGGACUUGCAAGGGACUUUGACUGAGAAGGAGUCGAAGGUCUCAGCAGAACCAAGGCAAGAGAUGUUCACGUGUAAAUUUUGCGGGCUGCGGUCAUCGUCGGAGUACACACUGAUUCAGCAUGGAGCGCAUCACCUGCAGGGCUGCCCUCGCAGAGCAGACCCGGAAUGCGACCAAGAGAGCGUGUCCACGCUAAGCGCCAUGCCGACCUCUUGGACGCAAGGGCCCUCCCUUUGCGGCACGCCGAAUCCAAACUCUUGUUCAGCUCAAUCAGGAUCACAAACCUACAGUGAAUUCCAGCUGGCGAUCAACGUUGAGAGAAGAGAUCGGAGAGGAAGCGGGGCGAAGAAGGCACUGGGAGGAUACAUCCAAGUAAAGAAGCCUUGA